AUGCAGCUCCUGUGUUGCGUAUGCGUUGGUGCGUUCUCGUGGUCCAAUACACUUGCGUCUUAUGGAACCGAGGAUCUGAUGGUGGAGAAUCUGGCCCUCCCCGACAAUUCAACAAGCAGCAUCAGCCGGUACAGCUCGGACCGAACUGCACCGAAAGGACGACGAGUCGCCGGGGUUGCAGGCGGUGGCCAAGCAGCCGUAAAGCCUUGGCACCAAGACGGGUCCAAGAAAAUCAAGCACGGAGGCUGUUCAAAGCUGUCCCGGUGGAACCUGGGGAUGGAUGCAUGUGUCAUAUCCACAGAGCCUGUCGUCCCCACAGUGUCAACAUCGAUACGAGAAGAGAAGACUAGGGGGGAGGAUGAUCCCUCCCCGACCUUUUCGGGGUCAGGGAUCAUACUCGCUCCAACUCUGACGGUGUUCCCAAAGACGGCAUCUCGGGCCAAUGGCCGCCUAGACCCCCAGCAGUCUCAACGCCGGACCUGUCUCCAUGUUCUCUGCCUACCUGCCCUCCUGCACAUCUCUAAACCGUCCAUUUGGCCUCCCAGUGGGUAUUCGCUCAUAGGCCUGCGGUUUUAUUGCUUUGUUUUCAUCUCUAGAAUAUCGAGCGGAAUCCGACUCUCAACCAAUAUGGUAGCACCCGAUGCCCCUAGAGAAGAGGUCGGAAGCACUUCCAAAAUGGCCACCGACACAAACAUUCAGUCAAGACAGAAUGCUGAGCCCGACAAGGUCGAGCGCGCCAUGUCCGCCGACGAGGUUGAGUAUGUCAAGGACCAUCAAGACUUCGGAAAGGUCGACAAGGAGCUUGCGCAAUAUGUCUCGGACGUUCGUAUCGACAUUCCGCCCGAGAAGAAUGCCCAACUGCUGAAGAUGAUCGACAAGCGAGUUCUCUCCGUCAUGGUCGCGACAUACUUUCUGCAGGCCAUCGACAAGGGCACCCUGAGUUUCGCUUCCAUCAUGGGCAUCCGCGAAGACACCAACCUGACCGGCCAAGAUUACUCAUGGCUAACCACGUGUAUCUACAUUACGAUCCUCAUCGUCGAGUAUCCUCAGAACUGGACCAUUGCUCGAGUGCCCAUUGCCAAGUACCUCAGCUUCAGUAUCAUAGCUUGGGGUGUGGUGCUCGCCUGCACAGCAGCUUGUCACAACUUCACUGGCCUGGUCAUUGUCCGCACACUGCUCGGAUUGUUCGAGUCUGCCUGUCAACCCGCCUUUGUCGUGCUGUCAUCAAUAUGGUACCGAAGAGAGGAGCAAGCUGCUCGUGUUACAUAUUGGUAUAUGAUGAAUGGAGCGCAACAGAUCGUCGGCGGGCUUCUUGCCUAUUGCUUUUCCCUGAUCACCAACGGCCCCCUCAAGUCAUGGCAGUGGCUCUUCAUGAUAUACGGUAUCAUCUCUAUCAUCUUUGGAGCCUUUGUGGGCUGGUAUAUGCCCGACAGUCCAAUGCGCGCCAAAUGCUUUUCGGAAGAGGACAAGCACCUCAUGAUUGAGCGUGUGCGAGACAACCAAACCGGUGUACAGAACCGUGUCUUCAAGAAAGACCAGCUCAUUGAAGCCUUGUCCGACCCACAAGUCUGGGGCUAUGCCAUUGUCGCCCUCACCACCACGCUGCCUACUUCAGGACUGGGCGCUUUUCAGGGCAUCAUCAUCAAGAGUCUUGGCUUCACCACGCUGCAGACUCAAUUGCUGGCAAUGGUUUUGGGUUUCUAUAUCAUAAUUGUUCUUCUUGGGUCGCUCUGGAUAGUCAAAAAGACAGGGCAAAACUUGCUUGUCAUGUUGGGUUUUGUUCUACCAUGCUUCGCCGGCACGAUUUGCCUCAUGAUCGUACCCCUGGACACCUGGUCCCAGCACAUCGGUUUGCUGGUCUGCUAUUAUAUCACCUUCUCCUUCUGGAGUGCCCAGACUCUUUCGCUGUCCAUGAUUUCCAGAAAUGUGGCUGGCCAAACCAAGAAAUCGGUCGCGAUCGCCCUCAACUUUAUCAUUUGGGCUACUGGAAAUGCCAUUGGGCCUCAAGUGUUUUUAGCCUGGGACAGCCCUCGCUACUUUAUUGCAUUUGCUACCCAUCUUGGUUGCUACGGCUUACUGGUCGUUGACAUCCUCCUUCUCCGCUGGUACCUGACCGCACAGAACAAGAAGCGCGACCGGAUGGCCGCCGAGGGUGUUCAUGCGGCACACGAUGAAGCAUUCGUGCAUGCUUUCGAAGACAUAACUGACAAGGCGAACCCGAACUUCAGAUAUGUCUAUUGA